AUGAACCCGCUAGAAACGCGUUUACGAAUGCAUCUGGAACGUUUGGAAUCAAUUUCGAUGAGCAACGAAAAUGUGGACCGUGAACUGAUCAAGGCACGGAUUGAACGUUUGAAACGACAGAUUGACGAUCAGACAAUCCUGAGAAAAGCAUUCGAUAGGCGCGAUGCUGAAGUAGAUAAAUACGUCCUUACGAGGCUAAACGAUGAACGGGCAUCACAGUGGAGGUGA